UUGCUCAGUAAAUCUAAGCUCCCGCUUGAUGUCCGCCAUGGAUGAUGAAGCGAUGCAUUCCGUUUUGCAGCUGGCGGAUGUGAAGUUCAGCGAGAUGAGCAAGGAAUUGUGUCAACAUGUGGCAGAGGAGUUGCACAGAGCAACUGGUUGUCUUGUCAGAGAAGUGGAGGAAAAACUGCGGGCAACUGGACUCACCUUGAGUCCUUCCUGGCAUUCCGGCCAAGGCAAGCCGGCAAGAGGCAAAACUGUGGCGUGGGAAGAUGAAAUUGGCGUUACUGAGUUUAAGUCCUUUCUAUCUGAUGAGCACGUGCACACCGUGAAUUCCAAGUACUUUGAAGAUUUGACGGAUUCCAGUGGAUUUGGGAGCAGUGAAAAACCACAGAAGCCCAUUCCAGCUUGGGGCACCAAGAUCUCUCCAGAAGCCGCUGGUGAUCCUCCACAUCCUGACAGGGGAUCCAUUGCAUCCACGACCAUCGUUGAGGGAAGUGAGACUGAGACGGUGAAGACCAUGAAGACGGUGAAGACCGUGAAGGUGGAAGCUCCGGAAGACCAUGAUGCACCAGAAGCUCCUCGGAGCAACUUGGUGAAACUGAAAACCGCAAAGAGUAUGAAAGUACAUCAAGAGUCGAUGGCGGAGCGUGUCUUUGGUUUUGUCCCAGAUCUCAAUGACACUUUUACAUCCAGAAGGAUGUCAGGAUGUCAGAAGAAAGUGCGAUCCUUGAUUUCCAGCAACUUGUUCGAGGUCCUGGCCAUGUUCAUGAUCAUGUUGAACUCUCUGCAAGUUGGCUUGCAGAUCAAUCACUUGGCAGAAACCACGGCCUUGGAUGCAGGCCCAGUAUGGCGAGCGUUUGACCUCUUUUUUUGCGCUUGGUUCACCUUAGAGGUGUCAUUGAAACUCUACGUUUAUCGCUGUCGCUCCUUCACGAUGCAUGGCUGUGCCUGGAAUAUCUUGGACUUCUUUCUAAACGCCGUGCAGAUUUUUGAAGAGAUCGUUGCUUUGGUGUUUCUGUCUUUUGACAAUGCCCAGACAGUGGUGAAUAGCGGCGUCAUGCGAACUGUUCGCAUCCUGCGAGGAAUCAAAGUCAUGCGACUUGUAAGAACGGUGCGCUUUGCUGAGGAACUUCAGCUCAUUGUGAGUUGUUUGAUCCUAUCUGUGAGGACGUUUCUCUGUGUCGUGAGUCUGCUGUUCAUGUGGAUUUAUGUCAUGGCAAUCUACACCACCCAGGCAGUCUAUGUCCAUCGCUUGGAAAACUCCAGUGGAAGUGGCGAUGAAGAUUUGGUGCGCUGGUGGGGCAACAUUCCAACCAGCAUGCUAUCACUCUUUCAAGCACUUAGUGGAGGAGUUGAUUGGAAUGAUAUCUCCAAGCCACUCUCCGAGCACAUCUCACCAUGGUUCGGUUACCUUUUGGUGGUCUUCAUCGCUUACUGCUUCUUGGCUUUGCUUAACGUGACCACCGGCACCUUUGUAGAAGCGGUUUCGAGACAAGCUGAACAUCUCAAGAUCCGAGCGCAAAUCAUCCAAGCCCGGAAGGUGUUUCAACAGAUAGAUUCAGAUCACUCUGGAAGCAUCUCUCUUCUUGAGCUUCGAAAUCAAACCAUGACUCCAGCAGUCUUGGAAUUCUUUGACUAUGUCAAUGUCGAUCCUUCAGAAGCACAGUAUCUCUUGGAGGUUUUAGAUGGAGAUGGCAGCGGCACCAUUGCAUUUGAUGAAUUUUUGCAGGGAACUCUACGGCUGAAUUGUUCAGCCCGAGCAGCUGAUAUGCUGUUGGUGGUGAGAGAGAUCAAGAGGUUUUUUGUGCAUUACAAUGCUGAAAUGCAAUUGAUCAAGCGUCGCUUGGGAAUCAUUUAGUUGACUCGUGUAGUGAAUUUGUGUAAUUCAGUUUAGUUCUGAAGGUCAGAUGGGCUCUUUGCACAUUCCUGUUACACAACAGCUGCCAAAGGCACCGAUUACAUCUAGGUGUGGCAACAGGAUGUUGCAGGGGCUCCGGAGCGCACAGCUGACCCGAUGCAAAAAGAGUUGAUCCUUAAGAAG